GUCAGAGGAGCUGUCAGUUUUAACAAUUUAGAAUACGUCAAAAAAUGGAGGAGGAACGUCUUUUCGAUGAAAGGGUUUCAAUUAGGGAAUCAGCUCGACCCCUUAAAAAAUACGGUAGCACCUGCAACCACAUGAAAAGGCACGAAGAAUAUAUCAAACAUGUUAUGGCCAAAGGUGAUACGUUGCAAGGGAUAGCUCUAAAAUACGGUGUAACUACGGAGAAGAUAAGGAGAGCGAACCGUUUGUUCGCGUCGGACAGUUUAUUUUUGAGAGAAUAUCUGUUGAUUCCUGUGACCAAAGAUUCGCCUUUCUACGAGAGUGGUGAGCGGGUCACCGAGCCCGCGCCGCCGAAUCACCGCGCUUCGAUCGCGGGCAUGCCAACGAGAGACUUCUCACCGGGCAGUCCAGACGAGAAGAAGAGUUUCGACGAGUUUCUGAACAGGGUGGACUCAUCACUGGCUGAUAUCAAGAAACAUGUUGAGAAGACUAAGGAAAAUAGUGAAUUCGUGAAGGAGCUUGAAGAUGGUUUCGUGCGGCAUCGACCGACGGCGCGCCUGCGACAGUCGGCGUCGCUCGGCGCGUCGAGCUCGUACAACGAGAUCAUCCCGCCGCCGCUGCCGCCGCCGCCGUCCAUGCUGACGCAGGGCCGCCGGGUCGACACGUCGCUCAAGAGGCUGGAGCGGACGCACGAGGACCUGUUCCAGUUGUAGCGGUCGAGACAGCGCAGAUAUGCGCGUUUCCAAUGAGCCCGCGUCACGCCGUCCCCGUGGCGUCACGUGACGUCAUCAUUGAGCGUCACGUGACGUCAUCGUUGAGCGUCACGAACAAGCUCGGUGAGUUGCACGUGUCAACGUCGAGUGAUAUUAGAUAUAAACGAUUAAUAAUAUCAAAUUUAUGAUCUGUUACAUAAUAAACAUUUUGUGAAUAAUUAUGGACUACUGUAAUGUGUCGUUACAUGAUCAUACUUGUAAGGGCACGUUCAC